AUGAAAGGUGAUCGCGUGGACACAGUGAGCAAUGUUCAUCACGUCGAAGAUUACAACUACAGUGUCCAGGUGAAUCAGUGGAUCCUGAAGCCGAGUGUGUUAUACAUUCUGUUUGAACAGGCCGACACACACACGAGAAUGCAAGCGAUCGGACCUAUGAGCCACUGGAUGCUGGGCGGCGUGAAUUACUGUUGUCUGUCGCUGAAGAGCAAAGACAUAUUAAGUUGCAUCGAACAUUUGGAGACCGACUGGAAGAUGGUCAAACGACCCAACGACCGUCAGCUGAUGCUGAAGAACGCGAAGGUCGGUCGUUUGAUCGUGAGCAUUGCCGCCGUAUGCAUGAACGUCGGCGUGCUCUCGCAUACUUUAAUCGCAGGAUUCAAAAGGGCGGUGUUCCAAGUUGGUAACGAAAGUUACUCGAUGCUACGUCUGCCUUGCCCGGUCUACACGCAACUGAUGGACGUUAGGUUCAGUCCACUGAAUGAAAUUGUCUUCUUCCUGCAAUGUUGGGCCGGGUUGAUCGUUAACUUGGUCACAACCGGCGCUUGCGGUUUUGCCGCGGUGUUCGCGAUGCACGCCUGCGGUCAGUUGGAUAUCGUUAUGUUGCAUCUGGAGGAAAUGGUCGAGCAGAACGAGGAUCAACCGUCAGCGCAGAAGAAACUGGGAACUAUGGUGGACAUUCAUUUACGAGCGUUAGAUUUUGUAUCGCAUAUAGAAAGUGUUAUGCACAUAACAUGUCUCAUUGAGUUAACGGAAUGCACGCUGAACAUGUGCAUGCUUGAAUACUAUAUGAUUACGGAAAACUCAAAGGAAACCGCAGCCGCGUACGGCAUUAUAUACAUAUCCAUGACAUUUAAUAUUUUCAUAUUUUGUUAUAUUGCCGAGAAGCUUACGGAACAGUGCAAAAUGGUGGGGGAAACAGCGUAUAUGACAGAGUGGUAUCGUUUACCUUACAAAACUGCCGCCGGAUUAAUCCUGGUGAUCUUGAGGGCGGGAUCUGUUACGAGAAUCACAGCCGGGAAAAUAUUACCAAUGUCACUUUCAACGUUCGCUGACGUUGUUAAAACGUCUUUCGUGUAUUUGAACAUGCUCCGCACAGUUGCGGAGUGA